UGAUGACACGAUCUUCGAGAGAAGUAAAACUCCAUCGUCAUCCAGCCAUUCAAUCCUUAUCAGCUGAAACGCGAUCGUCCACCGCGCAAGCAAGCUUCAGUCGCAGAAGAAUCGCCAAUGGCGUCCGGUGAUAAUGAGAAUGGCAAGUCUAGUAACCCGGCACUCAACCCGGAUCUGGAUUCGCCGGCGGAGCCGGGUCUGGAGCUAGCCCAGUUCGGCGCGGGUUGCUUCUGGAGCGUUGAGUUGGCCUUCCAGAGGGUGGAGGGCGUCGUCAAAACUGAAGUGGGAUACUCUCAGGGACAUGUGCAUAACCCUAAUUACCGAUUGGUGUGCACCGGAUCAACCAACCAUUCCGAAGUGGUUCGCGUUCAUUUCGACCCAAAAGCUUGUUCUUUCGCCACUUUGCUCGACGUCUUCUGGGGUAAACACGAUCCCACUACCAUCAAUCGCCAGGGAAAUGAUGUAGGGACGCAGUACAGAUCAGGGAUAUACUAUUACAAUGAGAUGCAGGCCAAAUUAGCCCGAGAAUCAUUGGAAGCAAAGCAGAAGGAGAUGAAGGGUAAGAAUAUUGUUACUGAAAUUCUUCCUGCAAAGAGAUUUUACCCAGCGGAAGAGUAUCACCAGCAGUACUUGGAGAAGGGUGGAAGAAAUGGUUUGAAGCAGUCGGCUGCUAAAGGGUGCAAAGAUCCGAUCCGCUGCUACGGAUGAUGGAGCAGAUCAGAUGUGUUCUGGAAUCUGUGUAAGAGAGGUAUGUAUGUUUCUGUCCCAAAUUAUUCUGACUUCUGAGCUUUCCGUUGGAAUUUCAAUAAGUUGUUAUCAGAUUGUUGAAUAAUAUGCUGCAUAACUUGAGGCAUUUCUGUGGUUAGCUCUUUC